GGGGGGUGUCGCCACAAAAUAACUGUCAAUCACUCACACACACACACUCACACACACACACACGCUGCUGGAGCUCAGCGAACCCUUCCUGCUCUUCAGGAGAUGAAGGAGGAGUUUGUGUGUUGUGAUGAUGACGAGGCGUCUCCGUUAAUGAUGGAUGACAGGAACAGACGCGAGCGGAUCAGACCUGCACACACACACCUGGAUGAAGACAGCUGUCCUGCUGAACGAGCUCCUAAAGGUUGCAUCAGUGCAGGAGAUGUUGUGCACGCUCCUCCUCGUCCACUGCGUGUUAAAACAGGAUGUAAAGCACCCGCCAUCAACAGAAACCUCAAACCCGGCAGACUGCCCAAGAGCUCCUCAGAUGGCCGAUUGGAGUUGAUGGGAUCUGCUGACAGGGCUAUCACAGUCCCACAGAGGCCAGUGAGAUCAUUACCCAGAGAUCACCUGCGUUUACCACCUAUACCAGUACAGACCAUCUCUGACUAUCCAAACCAGUUUGAUCAGUCUCCUCCAUCCAGACCAGCACCAGAACCAGCGUCACCGCAAACCAGAUCACACAACAGCAGACCAGCAUGGACACAAUCCAGCCCGAGUGAGCAAGAGGAUGUUAAAGCACCAUCAUCUGCAAGUCACACAUCUCACAGGUUUUCUCUGGAUCUGGACUCUCAGGAUUUGGACAGUUUCUGUGAGAGCGAGAGGAGCUCGUUUGAUUCACACGUGAGGAAAUCACAGCAUCACGAAUGGCCUCCUGUUAAAGGAGAGACCGACGGAAGCUUCACCAACCACAGCAAACCUGCGCAGGGAUUGGUGGAUCAGAACUGGUAUGUUGGUGCGGUUAGUCGCGUGGACGCUGAACACGCUCUUCACCUGGUCAACCGGGAAGGAGCCUUUCUAGUGCGCGACUGCUCGAAGAACACUACCUAUGAGCCCUUUGUCCUCGCUGUGUUUUACGACAAACGAGUAUUUAACAUUCAGAUCCGCUUCAGUGAUGAAAUCAGCAAAUACACUCUGGGAACAGGCCUGAGAACCAAUGAUAGGUUUGACUCGGUCACUGACAUCAUCAGGUUCCACUCCAUUUUUCCCAUCGUUCUCGUUGACGGGCGGAAAUCUUCCACGGCAGCCAAUCAGAGGAGGCAGUGUGUGCUGAUUUACCCAAUCACAAAUCAGGACCUGAAAGAGCUUUUGAAAUGAGAGCAAAUACAGACAAACCGCAACAUCUCCGGGACGUUUAACUGACAUUUUAACUUUAUAAGACAUUUUAUAGUGAUGUUUGCCUGGCACACACUCAAUGAGCCAAAGAGCUCAUC